AUGUCCCGACGCUUAGGAAGGCCCGCAAAGAAGAGGGACAGUGCGCAGGACGAUUCCCUGGAUUGUGCAAUCUCAGAUCACCCUCGGCAUCAGACCAAUCGAAGAGUUCGAAGUCCCAGGAAGAGGAAGGUCAAGCGGGACUCGGGGCAGAGAAGUGGGCAUGAUAUAACAAAUCCCCAGGAGGACGAGGAGGUUAUCCUGGACGAAAUCACCUUCAACGACUCCAUUGUAGAUGAUAUGUCUACCGAGGAUACACGCCUACCAACCCCGCCAUUCCUCGAUACAGACAAAUUGUCACUCUAUGAGGGCGCUGAUACCAUUGAUCUAUCCGACAACUGGCUACAGGAGUUUAUAUCUGGACAGUCCGCCGACUUGGCGCAGGACCGCAAUUUUCUCGAUGCUCUUGGUAUAAAUAAUGCCGACACUGGCCUUACAGCCAUUCCAUCAAGCACAAAAGAUCUUACCGGUUCUACUGGGACAAUCGACGUGGCUUCCUUCGAACUGCAAGACCAGGUGCCACUGGGCGCGUAUUAUCCACCAGCAAGUGGCCACUCGGCCUAUAGUGAGCCAACGACGGAAAGUGCGCAGGUAAUGGCUGAUAUAGCGUCCCCUUAUACAGCGUUUCUUAAAAGGGAUUCGAUAGCUUGGCCACAGACUGUACCGUCUUCAACUGAGAGUGAUUCUGCUAGAUUGCCUACUGCAAGCGAUCAUCUGAACCCACUAAUCACAAGCAAGGGGCAACGACGCACCCACGAAUAUAGUCACUCAUCGGAAGGUCCAGGGUUGGCUACGACUAUUACAGCUCGCCAAUAUCAGUGUCAGUGCCAUGAUCAUAUUGCUCGAGAUUUGAUGCUGCUCAAUAUCAGCGCUUCUCGCACAUGGCCAACAGUCACAAUUGACUCGAUCUUGAAAUGCCAGCAGAUCCUACAGCAGUUAACGGACACUAUCCUCGAAUGCGCCAUUUGCUGCAAAACACGGGUAAACUUGCUCAUGAUAGUCGUUGUUAGUAUCGAUAGUCUAGUUACCGCACUCGAAACAAUCACGUCCGUUGACAGUGGUGUUUGGGAUGGCGUAUUUGUCGAGUAUCACGAAAGUCGCCUUCGGGAGUAUGGACAGGAGGGUUUGAAUGGGGCUGCUAGUCGUCGGUACAAGAACGCAAACUUUCAUUUCAAAGCACAGGUAGAGGAAUGUCCAUUAUUAGUGGGUGGGUUCCCAGUCCCAUCGGAAGAGAAGUUUGCUUUUGUGAAGCAAGUUCUGCACGCGCGACUUUGCGGGUUGUCAAGUAUCAUCGGUCGGAUACAGCGCUGUACUGAAGAAAUAUUAGCUCUUCCGUCAUCAUGGGGAAGAUUGAGCAUGAUUACAGAGACAAAUCGAAGGGUGCAGUCGGUUAUGACGAAAAUGAAACUCCCGGCGAAACGUUGA